CUUCAUUGCCUUGGGGGUCCUGGUUAAUUUUCACAGGUAUGAUAAGAUAUAUGCAACACUCGAGCAUUUUUAUACGUGAAACAUUUCGUGUGUUCAGCAAAAUUCUUCAGCCAAGUAAAGGAGAUUAUAACACGGAACUCGAAGAAUUGGAGAGCAAUGAGUGUAACAACAGAUGUACCAGAUGAUGAGCUUACCAUCCCACGUGCUGCCAUGAAUAAAAUGAUAAAGGAACUGCUUCCAAAUGUUCGUGUAGCAAAUGAGGCACGUGAACUUAUUCUAAACUGUUGCACAGAAUUCAUUCAUCUCUUGUCCUCUGAAGCUAAUGAGAUAUGCAAUCAACAACAGAAGAAAACUAUAAAUGCAGAGCAUAUAUUAAUGUCUUUGGAUAAACUUGGUUUUGGUGACUACCGUGCCGAUGCUGAGGCAGUGUUGAAGGACUGUAAAGCUAUGGCAGCUAAGAAGAGACGAAAAAGUACACGUCUAGAAAAUCUUGGAAUCCCCGAAGAAGAACUCCUCAGGCAGCAGCAAGAGCUCUUUGCAAAAGCCCGGCAAGAACAAAUGCUGGUGGAGCAACAACAGUGGCAGAUGUUACAGGCUCAGGCAGCAGCAGCUCAACAACAACAGCAAGAACAACAAACUAUUGAUGACGAUGAGGACUACUCCUAAAGUCUUUUACCUAUUGUAUUGCCAAUAGUAUUUGCCUCUAAAUUUUCUAAUGCUAUGUUUUAUAAGAUUAAGCUUGUCCAUUACUUGUUUUCAUUUAGUUUAAAUUGCAUGCAGUACUGUAUUAUUGUUGGUUGAUAAAUAUUUGGUGCAUGUGUGAUAAGCUCCAUAUUAUUUUUGGAAAACAUAAGAAAUGUUGACUAUUUUUUAACUCUGUUCUUCCUUUUAGCCAUCACACAUUUUCAAUUUUUACCCCAUUGUGACCUUUUGUUACUUAUGUUGGCUGUGGUAGAAUAUAUAUUGUUAUAUCCCAGAUUUUUCUCAAGAAGAGAUGCAUUCAUGCAGAUAAAGCAUUUUUAACUUAAUUGUUAAAUGAAAUUACUGGUUCUAUAGUUGAAAUACUAUACUAUACAUAUAUGGAGUAUUGUUGUUUUAAAAUUCAUCUUAGAUUAAAAUAUGGGGUUUUGUGACGAAGUGGGAUUUGUUUUAAAUAAAAAUCGCUUAGUUAAUUUCUCCAGAAAUCAUUUCAGCACAGACUCGAAAAGAUUUAAUGCUUUGUUGUGAAUACACAGUAAUGUGUAAUGCAUUCUGGUCAUAUUACAGAGGAUUAGGUAUUGCACUUUGUUUUUCUGAUGGCUUAUUUUUAUUAUUUAUAAUUAGAAAACGAAGGAUAUUCUGAAUAUAUUUAACACAUUU